AUGACCCCAUAUCAGCGCAUAUUGGAAGAUUUACGAAAAGCUCAUCAAUCAGAAUACGCUGUUCCAUACCCAAAACCAUAUGAGGAUAAUAUGAAUUUUGAAGAAAAAUUCCGAUUAACUAAUGAAGCCGUAGAAAGAUCCAAGCGAAUUGGUGACCGAAUCUUGUGGCUAGUUAAUUUAUUCUAUUUAGGACAAUUAUUGGAACGUCAAUCUAAGGAUAAUAAGCAGCGAAGCUAUUAUCGGCAACAAUUAACUGAACAUUUCCGAAUUAUUGUUACCCGAAUGUUCUUUUUAUUCGAGUAUCUAGGAGUCGAGCAAAUUAUGCGCACAACCCAAAUCACGCCCACAAUGCUCCGAGAGAUUAGUCAAACCGAAUACCAAAGAUUGGUAACCAAAGCUCUUGAGAUUUUCAACGGAGUUGAAAACUGGGAGGGGAGUGAUGUUACGCAGUAA